UUAACGGGUUUUCAAAAUUAAAAUCUCAACACGUGUGUUUUUGUUGACAAGUUAAAUUGAUUUAGAAAACAGCACCAAAAACAUUGUGUAAGAAUGGAAGUGGACAUUAAUACCAUUCAGGCACGAUUUGUGUCAUCUGAUAAUAGCACAGAAGCUUCAGAACUUCCAGUUAUAGACCUUCCAAUCGAUGUAGACACGAAGCAAUUGGAAUUAAUCUGUAAUGCAUUGCUUAAAAAUGAAGAACAGACACCUUAUUUAUUCUUCAUUAAUGAUGAAGAGAUCAAAACGAAUCUAAAGGAAUCGAUAGUGACAAAAUCAGUCGAUUUAGAAAAUGUGUUAAAUAUUGUGUAUCAGCCACAAGCAGUUUUUCGUGUUAGAGCAGUCACAAGAUGUACUUCCUCAAUGCCUGGACAUGCUGAAGCUGUUGUAGCAUUAAGUUUUAGUCCAGAUAGUACACAAUUAGCAAGCGGCUCUGGAGAUACAACAUUACGUUUAUGGGAUUUAACAACAGAAACUCCUAAAUUCACAUGUACAGGACAUAAAAAUUGGGUAUUGGUAGUAUCAUGGUCACCUGAUUCUAAGAAAAUUGCAAGUGCAUGUAAAUCAGGAGAAUUGAAAGUGUGGGAUCCAGAUACAGGCAAACAAAUUGGAAAGACAAUGAGUGGACAUAAAAAGUGGAUUAAUUGUUUAAGUUGGGAACCUUAUCAUAUGAAUCCUGAUUGCCGUAGAUUAGCUAGUGCUGGACACGAUAAUGAUGUAAGAAUAUGGGAUACUGUAUUAGGAUCUUGUGUACGAGUAUUAUCUGGACAUACAGGAGCAAUUACGGCAGUUCGUUGGGGUGGAUCAGGCUUAAUAUUCACAUCAUCAAAAGAUCGUACCUGUAAAAUGUACAGAGCUGAUGAUGGAACUAUGUGUAAGACUUUCUCGGGUCAUGCACAUUGGGUGAAUAAUUUAGCACUUAAUACUGAUUAUGUUUUACGAACCGGUCCAUUUAAUCCAUUGAUGGACAAAAAGAAAGCACUAAAGAUUAAGGAUAAUAAGGAAGAGUUGAGAAAAAUUGCUCUUGAAAGAUAUCAAAAAGUAUGCAGCGAUGGUAUUGAAUCUUUUGUAUCUUGUUCCGAUGAUUUUACACUUUAUCUUUGGCGAUCUGAUCAAAAACAAUGCAUUACUCGCAUGACUGGUCAUCAAAAUGUUGUAAAUGAUGUCAAAUAUUCUCCAGAUGUUAGAACAAUCGCAUCAGCAUCAUUCGAUAAGUCUGUGAGACUAUGGAGAGCAACUGACGGUGGAUUUAUUACAGUACUCCGUGGACAUGUUCAAGCUGUUUAUUGUGUUGCAUGGUCAGCAGAUUCAAGAUUACUAGUGAGCAGUAGUAAAGAUUCAACAUUAAAAGUUUGGAGUUUAAAGACAAAGAAAUUGGCACAAGAACUUCCAGGACAUGCUGAUGAAGUUUUUGCUGUUGAUUGGGCUGUUGAUGGAUCAAAAGUUGCAAGUGGUGGAAAAGAUAAGGUUUUAAAAGUAUGGACAUACUAAUAGCUAUUGAAAUAAACUUGUAUUUUUGAAUUAUUUGGAAUUACUGUGAAGUAACAAAAAAAUAUUUAUUCUGGCUUUUCCUUCUUUUUAAACAAUUUAUCUUUAAGUUUUCCUAAGAAUGUCUUCUUUGCUUCCUCUUUCUUUUGAAGUACUAAUCGUUUCGUUGUCAUGUUGUGCAACGGACCAAAAGCUAGUGCAACAACAGUACAAGCUAGACAAAUUACAUUAUAUGGCAUCGAAAAAUCAGGUGUUGGUAAAUUAAUCAAAAGUGCUUCUGUGUGAAUUCUCAAAAAGUAUGAAGAUCGUGUUGCAUUAAAACUUUCAACAUAAAGACUAGCUUCAAUUGGCAAACUUGUAUAGUUAAGAGCAAUAGGCAGCAUAGUUGAAAUUACAGAAGAUGGAAUGUAUUGACCAUGAUUUGCAUCAGGUGGAUAUUCUUGCCACCUCAAAAAGAUGUAAUCAAAUUCUAUUGACAUUUCAACGGUAGUUUUUGCAGGGAUAGAAAAUGCAACUUCUAGAUGAUAUGCUCUCUUUCGUUGUUCUCCAGGAAUGUAUUUAAUAGCUGUUGCUUUAAUUUCCUUAUUUCCAACACGUAACUUUAAUGUAUGCAAAUAAAUAGGCACGAACCAAGGAAAGUUCUCCAUAACUACUAAAUUUAAAUUAGACCAAUGUGAAUUUGUAAUUUGAUUCACAAUCUUUCCUCUCUCUUUUCCAGUUCCUUGUAAAAAUCUCUUAGCGAAUAAGGGCGGAGGAUUUGUAAUUGGUAUUGUCUUGUGCUUCUUAUUAACUAUAGCAAUAUUGAUCAUUUUAUUAAUGCCAGUUCCAGUCCAUUUUUUCACAUCAUAUUCUCCAUAUGUAGUUUCACUUCCACCUUUCUUUGAUGUAAUUAUGUUGAGUGGCUUUGGUGAUAUCUCAAAAUCUUUAUCAGUAAUGUCUAGAUAAAUUUUACUAGAACUUGAUACUGAACAUGCACCGUUCAAUCCCUGUCCAAAAAGCUUACGUAUUGACCAUUCACUUCCACCAAAUAAUUUGAGAUCAUGAACUAAAUUAACAGUUUGUUUAGACUCAAGAAUGGCAUUUGAACAUGUUUUAUCUAUACAUAAUUGCCUGACAUGUAUACCUAACGAAUGAAAAUUUGUGCUGUAGAUAUAUUGUGCAUUGAGAAGCGACAUGAAACCUUCUUGUGGAUCACAAGGCAAUAGCUUCUUCCAAGGCGUUAAAUUCUCAGUACAAACAACUUCACGAGGAAGUGCAGCAUAGCGAAUAAAGGAUGAAUUUAAUGGUACAUUCCAAGAUGAUGUUGGACGAUAUGAAUAAUGUGGACUAAUUGUAUUUGUUUCCUCAACGAAACUAAAUGAUGCACAUAAUAAUCCAGAUAAUGCUUCACUCAAUUCUAUCCAUUGUCUUUUAAUUUCCUCUUGUGAUAAAUGAUUUUUGAACCAGACAUAAAGUUCUGCGCCAGAUCCAGACGAAUCAACAGGAAAGCCCCAGAAUUCAUGUUUCCAUAAGCCAUUAGACAGCGUUACAUGUAGCUCAAUUAUAUCAUAAUGUAGGAACAACUCGGAUAUUGAUCUUGACAACAA